UUCUAUCCUCAAUCAUCCAGCCCGUAGUGUAUUUACACGUGUCCAGAGAGUGUCCUGUUGUAUGUGUCUUCUCAUGUGUACAGUUGUCAUUAACCUCAUGUUCUGGGAGUUACCUCAAGCUACUUAUCCAGUGCUCAUUAGUGUUGGCGGUUUUGACCUGACAUGGAAGGACAUUAUGAUAGCCUUUGAAAGUGCAAUUCUCAUGUUUCCUGUCAAUCUACUCAUCAUUUACAUCUUUCGAAACACUCAGCCCAGGGAAAUUAAAAGCACAAAGACCAAAGCUAAAAAAGACAAACUAAUUCCCAAUGCCAAGAAGAGUCCAUCCUGCCAGCUAAGUUUCUAUACUGUUCUGGAGGACCUGUCGGGAGUAGUGCAGACUCUGAGUCAGACUUCCCGGAAUAAGUUAGAAGUGAACCUGGAUGAAGAAACAAAUAAAAAUUUCACUGCUCUACUGCAGAUCAUCUCACAUCUUUUACAAAAACAGCUAACGCCUGGACGACUGUCAUCUUCGGUACCCUUGGCGCAGCUUUCUAGUGAUGAAUUACAUGCCUUGUUUUGUGCACAUUAUGUGUCCCGAAAGCUUAAGAAGGUAUCUCAAGAUGUUCAGCAGAUGGGAAGCCAGCAGGUCCCAGACCAGCAGCAGCAUGAGGAGUUCAUCGCGCAGUUACAUGCUCUGCUGCAUGUAAUAGACAAAUCUGUUCCUCCUUUGCCUGCACAACGGUCUCAACAAAAGCAGCAAGUGAAAAAGAAGCGACUGCCUUGGUGGUUCCUGUUCAUUGGGUGGAGCCUACUGGUCUCCAUCAGUGUUGUUUCUACCUACUUCGCCAUGAUGUACGGGUUUCUCUAUGGAAAGAACAGUUCUAUCCGGUGGAUUAUUUCAAUGGCUUUAUCUCUUUUCCAAAGCAUCUUUAUUCUGCAGCCACUUAAGGUUGUUGGAUUUGCAGUUUUUUUUGCUCUGAUCUUAAAGAAGGUAGAAGAUGAGGAAGAAAUUCUGGAAACAGAACUGGAGAUAUCAGAUGAGUGUCAGAAAAGUGAUGAGACGGCAAUGUGAUGGAUUUCCUGGAUUCUGUCUCUCUGCAUUUUCUCUUGGUCCAUGUACUGGAUGUACCCGAAUCUACAUUCAUUUUGAUGGGACAAAUACAUUCUGCAGCGUCUUAUACAGAUUAUGUUUAUAU